AUGGCUUUUGACCAGCCAAAUCACCGUUACAACACCCAGGCAGACCCGCGUCCUCUCAAAGCUGGCGACAUGUCCAAGGAACCGUCUCUCUUUACCCCCCAACCAGUAUUUACCAUUCUCAUGGCGAUCCCUAAUGCCCAGAAAGCCGACCAUAAUCUCACCGAGGGGUUCUCAACGACUCAAAAGUUUCUCAUCCAUAAGAACCUCAUAUGCCAUUACUCACCUUUCUUCUCAGCCGCUUUCAGCAGCCAUUUCAUCGAAGAUCAACCCCAGUCUAUGACAUUUGACGAUAUCAAUCCCACUGUCUUCGGUUCCAUCGUCCAUUGGCUAUACCACCCGAACAUCGCGACUGAUGUUGAUAUCGAAUGA